AUGACAACCGACAUCCCGACAUCAAACCGCGCCGGGCUCCCACCUCCGAGUGUCGGAAAUCUCAUAACCAUCCUCAGUAUUGACGGUGGAGGCAUCAGAGGUAUCAUUCCCGGUGUUAUUCUCAAGUAUCUCGAGUCAGAGCUUCAGUUGUUAGAUGACAACCAAGCACGACUAGCGGAUUACUUUGACGUCAUUGCCGGAACAAGCACCGGAGGUCUAGUGACAGUCAUGCUAACAGCUCCGGACCAAAACAAUAGACCUUUGUAUGCCGCUGAAGACAUCGUUCCAUUUUAUCUCGACAAUUGUCCCAAGAUCUUCCCACAAAUUGGAGGACCAUUUGCGGAUAUUAUAAAGAAAUCGAAGGCACUAGUGGGACCACAAUACGACGGGGAGUAUCUCAAAGAUCUCGUUACGAGCUUACUAGGAACAACGAGGUUAAAUCAGACAUUGACUAACGUUGUCAUCCCGACUUUUGACAUAAAAACUAUGCAGCCCGUGAUCUUUAGCUCGUUUCAGGUACCGAGAGCGCCGAGCAAGGAUGCGCUAUUAUCAGACAUCUGCCUUGGUACAUCGGCGGCACCUACGUACCUUCCUGCCCAUUAUUUUCAGAACGGUGAUCAAGAAUUUAACCUUAUUGAUGGCGGAAUCGCGGCCAGUAACCCGUCUUUUGUUGCGAUAUCCGAAGUGGCAAGGCAAGUUACGAAAGCGGAUCCAAAUUUCUCUGAAAUCGCGCCUCUGGAUUACGGGCGAUAUCUAGUGAUAUCGCUCGGGACGGGCACGCAGAAGGAACAACCACGAUAUGAUGCAGAAAUGGCUGCAAAAUGGGGAGUGCUCGGGUGGUUGGUCAAUGCUGGUUCGUCCCCGUUGAUAGAAGCUUUCAAUCAAGCGAGUGCCGAUUUGGUUGUUUUUCAUAACAAUGUUGUAUUUGAAGCCCUCAAUUCGGUCGAUAAUUAUAUCCGCAUUCAGGACGAAACAUUGACAGGAGAUAUGGCUUCAGUGGACAUAGCAACAACGGAAAAUUUAAACAACUUGGUUGCCGUUGGUGAAGGUUUAUUAGAUAAACCGGUUACCAGGGUGAAUACUGAUACCGGAACUAUUGAACCGGUCCUAAACGGUGGAACAAACCGUGAAGCAUUAAAAAGGUUUGCGAAACAACUGUCGGAUGAACGGAAACUAAGGACGUUGAAUCUUACGAAUUAA